UUAACACCAGAAGAAAUUGAGCGCAUCAUGAGUGGAGAGGAGUUUGAACAAGAUGGAUGGAAUUAUCAAGGAAUCAACGGGAACAUCAGCCCCACACGAAGUGACGGAUUGUCUGAACAACCAUCUCCAACACUUAGCAACCCCAUGUCCGAUACCAUAGAGAACAUUUCCUCUGACUCUGAUAUGGCCAACCGCUAUGAUGGCGAGACGUACGUCCAACACAUUGAGCAGUUGAUGUAUGCCGAGCAGCAGGAACCGUUAAAACUCCCGUUUACUUUCCCGGACGGGCAUAUAAUCACGCAUACUGAACUCUUUGAACUUCUCUGCAAGUUUGCUGACCAGAUCCUCUUCUAUCAGACGGCAUGGGUGAAGCGGCUGCCAUUCUUUCGUGAAGUGCCCAUUAAAGACUUCACACUCUUGCUGAGCAAAACCUGGCACGAGAAUCUGAUCCUGACGGCCGCCUGUAACCACCGCCGGAAGAUCUUUAACGAAUUGUCCCGGGUGACUCGACGAUACCAACCCAGUGAGGAAGAGCUGAAACACUUCCCUCAAGAAGGUAUGGAGAUAAUGGAGCGAAUGGUUGUAUUGGCAUCUAAGUUUCAACAACUCAAUAUCACCCCAGAAGAGUAUGUCUGCAUGAAAAUUGUAAAUUUUCUCAAUCCAGAUGUUGAAGGUAUAACAAGCCCUGAAAUUAUUGAGCAGAUCAACAAGCAGUACUGGUACGCAUUCCAAGACUACACCGAAUCACGCAGCAGACACCAUCCCGGACGAUUCCGUGAGCUGAUGAUGUGUCUUCCUGAGAUACGCUAUACAGCCAGCAAGAUGCUAGAUAUCCCCGUGGAGCAGAUGCCGCUCCUUUUCAAAGCCAUUAUGCAUGCCUGUAACAUCCAAGUCCCUGAGAAUCCGUAUCCCCCGCCGGUCUAA